ACAAGCGUGUGUGUCAACUGAUAUAGAUUCAAAGAAUGAGCUCAAACCUCGCGCCGCCACAAGUAUUUGUUGAUACUCCACGACCACAUAAUAAAGGCUCGAAUGCAGCAGAUGACUUCACUGGUCUCAUCUCCGUCUCAUUGAGCAAUUUCGUCGGCCAACGACCCAAAAGCCCAAAACCAAGAAAGAGCCUAUCACCAAGAGUGAGCCCAAUGGCAAGCCCACGAAUCAAGAAGAAGUAAUCCAUCUCAGUAAUAUAUUUUAUCCUUUCAUAAUUCUCAAUUUGGUGACCUCCCUCGUGUUUUUGGAAAACUCUGUGUACCUGACCAAAGGCUUUUCCUCGUUUUUUUUUGCUGCAAAAUAUUCAGCAUUAAAUCCCAGUGAAUUUCUAAUUGAUGUAUAUGUAUGUAUGGCAAGCUUUCGCCUUUUUUUGCAAAAUUUUGCACAUGUCUUUUUAAUGCAUAGCCCAUUUGUCACGUGAUGAUUUUAUCCUAUUAUAUGGAAAUAAACUACUUUGAAAACUC